AAUCUCCAGGACCUACAUUUCCCAGCUCCAUGGCCGCUGCCGCAUGGCCUGAGGAGGAGUUUGUGUGUUCUGUCUGUCUGGAGACGCUACGUGACCCUACCACGCUGCCCUGUGGUCACACCUACUGCCUGUCCUGCAUCCAGAGGCACUGGGACCGGAAUGAGGCCAAGGGUCAGUUUAACUGCCCCCAGUGUAGGCAGGUCUUCACCCUACGACCCUCUCUGGCCAAGAGCACAGUGCUAGUGGAGGCCAUGGAGAAGUUGAGAAGGAAGGGCAUCCAGGAGUAUCCCUACCUCUCCAUCUCGUCUGCCCCACCAUCCAUGUGGGGCAGACUGGAGGUGUGUGCAGACACAGGCCUUCGCCAAGGGGGGAUGUUCCCCCAACUGCCCGUCGUCAGCCCCAGGCUUUGCCCUCAACACCAGCGGCCCCUAGAGCUCUACUGCCAUGAUGAUAAGGAGUGUUUGUGUGACGAGUGUUGUCGUGAUGGACACAAGGGCCACCGUGUUGUUAAGCCGCAAGAGGAGUGGAAGGAGAGAUGGAGGGAGCUAGUUCCAAUGCAGGCCGAGACACAGAGGAGGAUCCAAGAGAUGGAGAAGGAGCUCAAGAAGUUCCCACAAACUGCCCAGCUCCACAAAAGCUCAGUCCAGGCCCUACAGAAGGAGGGUGUGGAGCUCUUCUCUGAGCUGGUGAAGAGUGUGGAGCUGAUGGGUACCCAGGUCGGGGAGUUGCUUUGUGCCCAUGAGGCCUCCAUGGGCAGCCGGACCAAGGGCCACAUCCACAAGCUGGAGCAGGAGCUGGCCCAGCUCAGCAGGAAAGACCAGGAACUCAGCCGACUGGCCAGCAUGCAGGACCACAUCUGCUUCUUAAAGGUACAAGGAAAAAACAUAAUGUGA